AUGUUGUCUUGCUCGAUUUCGGAACUUUUGGGAAAGAGAACUGCGCAGUGCCCGAGAUUUAAGGUAACACAAUGCUCAGAAAAUUUAACCUAGAAAAACCAAUUUCAGAGAUGUUGGAAAGCUUACGAAAUGUUGAAUUCGGAUAAUUUUGUCAGAAGCUGGGCAAGAUCGCUUGUGCAUUUUCUCGAUUUUGCAACCAGAAUUCCAUGUUUCAACAAAAUGGCGGCAAAUGACAAGAGAUCUUGGUUUAUCAAUCGAUUUGUGCCUUGCACUUUGGUUUCGAUGGCAUUUCAUUCGAGUGUUGAGAGACGAGAUGGACUACUUUUUGGAUGUUCGAAUGUUUUUCCGUAUCGAUUGCACGAGGAGAUUGAUAACAAGCCGGAGGAUUUGUGAGAUUUUUGAAAUUUGAAGAUAGUUAUGACUUGACAAAGUUGAAAUUUGUCACACCGAAACUUUUGAAAAAUUCUGGAACACUUUCUAACUCUAAAAUCGUGUUUGCAUAGAUUCAAGGAUUAUUUUAAUAUUUUCAGAUUAUGCAAGUUAUUCAACACAAUUUCCGAACAACUGUUUUCUUUUGUUGUUCAUCCAAUGCUAAAUCUAAAUUUCUCCGAACAUCAUUUUGCUCUUCUAAAAGCAUGUGUUCUCUAUUCUCCAGGUUUCUAUUCCCAAUAAUUUCACCUAACUUCAAUUCAAUUUUCUAGGAUUACAUUUCUUCCACAUUGGUGAUGAAUCCAGGGAUGCAAUUAUAGCUGAAUCAAAUAUACAUAGAAAUGCAUUGAUGAAAUUAAUUUUGAAUGAUAUCACAAGUUUUGAUGAAAAAGCUGAUAUUCUUUUUCAAAUUAACGAUAUGUGUUCAGCUAUUGAGGUAAGAAACCAGAAAUGUUUCUAGGAGAAAAAAAUUUUUUUCACAGAGAGCAACUAGACAUUUCGACAACGAAAUCAAAUGUUUGCAUCUAAUGGGUGUUCCGAUUGCACAAAAAAGGAUGAUAAUUGAAUUUCAUGUAAGAAAGUGA